UAUGUGUAGGUGUGCUUAGAAAGAGUGGUCAACAAUUUUAAUAACUGUUCCAUGUAUUCGCAAAUGGUAUAUACAACUGAAGUGUUGAAACUAGUUUGUGGCAUGAAACAAAAUCCCCGAUUAGAGUCACCUUGUUAUAUGCACGUGAUAUCAGCAUUACACGUGACACUCGCUGACCUCCUUAGAGAAAAGGAGAAUGAUGAAUCAUCAAACGAAAAUUGCGAGUCACCGGAAGCACAUAUGACGAAAGGUUUGAUUUGUGUUGAGAAUUCUUGUCCUGGCGAAUCAGAAACAUUUCAAAGUUUCAAGCCCUGGUCCUGGUUUACAUCAGUUGUAGAUGAUCUUAUAGAUGAAUGCAAUUAUGACCCCACUACAUGCUUGGCGUUGUUACAGGCACCUGCUGGUUACGGAAGUGAUAUGGGAACUUUGGUUGGAAUCAGCGUUGCAACCAUGGUAACCGCAUUAACACUUACGGUUGUCGUCUGCACGUGCUAUAAACGUCAUCGUCGUAAUGCAGUCGUCAAGGAAGGUUAUCAAAGGCUUCUUACAGACGGGGACGAAUCCUGAAUUAAUAACAACAAAAUCUAGAGAUUGAUAAUUUAAUCUUACAUGUAUAAAUUCUUACUUUCUAGUAUUGUUUCUGAAGGU